AUGGCAGCCAUCUCUGCCCGACCACUCACUCAGAAGGCUCUCAAAGUAGCCAGUCCUGAUACUCUCCAUCUUGUUGCGGACGCUCCUGUCCCCACGCUUGACCAAGAUGAUUCAGUCUUGAUCCGAGUCGUCUGCGUUGCCAUCAAUCCGGUGGAUGGCAAGUCGGCAGAACUGUCUCCUACACCUGGCGCUACUAGCGGAACAGACUUUGCCGGCAUCGUGGUCGCUCUACACGGUGAUGCAAAGAGCAGGACCGAAACAGCAGACACAAUCAAGACUGGUGAUCGCGUCAUGGGAUUUGUCUUUGGCAAUAACCCGCACGUACUCGGUAAUGGCGCCUUUGCCGAGUACGUCACCUUGCCACGUCGAUUCCUCUGGCGUGUGCCUGACCACAUGUCUCUGGAAGCGGCAGCCUCCCUACCAGUUGGAAUUGCAUCAGUUGGCAUGGCGCUGCAUUAUCUGCACAUUUCCAUGUCUUCCCUGCUCCAGGCAGUGUCGAGAUCCAUUGCGGCUGCAUCCGCAUCUCAACAUCAUGACGGUGCUUUUGACAGCGACGCCAACGUCUUCAUCCUAGUCUAUGGAGGCGGUACCUCGACAGGUGCUAUAGCUAUACAGAUUCUCAAAGCUGCUGGUUUCCACCCCAUCACAUGCUGCUCGUCCGAGUCUGCAAGCCGUGCCAAACGUCUCGGUGCGGCCGCCACAUUUGACUAUCAAUCAGCAACAUGUGGCCGGGACAUUCGCGACUACACGAAUGACUCUCUGACGCUUGCCAUUGACUGUCUGAGCGAGUCAGCCUCAAUGGCCAUUUGCUACGAAGCCAUUGGAAGCGCGGGCGGACGCUACGUCUCACUGGACCCGUUCCCGGUACGCGGCUGUGUGCGUCGAAGCAUCGUGCCGGACUGGAUAUGCUCCUUUACGCAAUUCGGGCAGUCUAUUCCUUGGGCCCCACCAUAUAAUCUUGAUGAGAGACCGGAUGAUCAUCGCCUUGCCGAGGAGUGGUAUCAUCUGGCACAGAAACUGUUGGAUGCCGAGUUGAUUGAGGCGCCUACCCUAGAAAUAAGAAGCGGUGGGCUGCUCCAUGUACCAGAAGGAGUAGCUGCUGUCAAACUGGGCCAGAUCAAGCGCCGAAAGCUGGUCUAUCAUAUUUCAGAGGAGGCGCUGCCUUGA